GGGUGGACCCCUUCGAUUGCAGCUCACGCCGAUGCAGUGUGGUGCCUGGCCAUGACCAUUCACUUGGCUUGAAGAGUUGUCAUAUUCUCACGAUUAUCUCCGGACUUCUCGUCUUACUCCCGCACGCCGAGCCCCUCCUUAGCACCCCCACAGUCGAGCUAGCUUGCCGCCUUACUCCCGAGUCUCGACGUUAAACAACGACGGCCGUCUCUUGGCCGAUAAGGCACAGUCGACAUGGCGCAAAAUGCAAGCGCCGAUGGCACGGUAUCAAUGCCGAAAUUGGAGGACAUCCUGCGCCAUCCGGAAGACCUUGACAAGAUUAGUGGCCUGAAAGCCGAGUAUCAGCGCAAGAAAGCCGCCGUUGACUCGCGACUCCGUGAGGGCCUUCGUGAGCAGCUCGAGGCUGUGCAGCGGAGUAUCGGAAUAUUGACCGAGGGUCAACGACAAGUUUCCAAGACCCGCGAUGAACUACAAGCAAUCGAUAAGCUAUGCGCCGAAUCACAGGAAAGCGUGGAGGACUUUGCUCAGAUCGACAACUUGGCCCGGAUUCAACGGAAUUUUGAUGCUACGUUAAUGAUGAAGAAGGGGUUGGAGAACUUUGGUGCGGAUCUCCAAGAGGUAGAGGAAUUGCUGAAGGAAGAUGACGAUGAUCUGGAGAAUCAGCCGAAUCUGUUAAAGGCUCAUAUGCAGAUCUCCCGUCUACGUGAUUUCCGCGACGAGGCGAUGGACCAGAUUCAGAAGUCGCAAGAUUCAAGCAGUGAGGAGACCCUGACGGAAUAUUUCGAGGGACUAGAUUCGGCUAUUGACUGGUUCGACGACCAUCUCGGUACCGCUUGCAUGAACCUGAUUCCAUUGGUCCAGGAAGACAACAGGAGCAUGGUGGUUCGAUUGGCGGUGGUCGUCAUGAACGAGGAGAAGAAUGAUGAUACCGUCAAGGCAUUGCAGGAAGCGCAAAAGGACCACAAGGACCUAGCAAGCCGCUUCAAAUCUAUGAACAUUGGGCCCAAGACCGUUCGAGGCUACAAAGAGAAAUUUCUCAAAGCAAUCGAAUUCUAUGCGCAGAACCAGUUCAACGCCACCAAGGACGAGUUCCUCGAAAAUCCAGAUCACUUGGAGAAGAGCUUUCGAUGGUACUUCAACGAUCUCUUUACAGUCCAACAGGGUAUGCAACCCCUCAUGCCGAAAAAGUGGAAAAUCUACAAAACAUACACCGAUAUCUAUCACCGCCUAAUGCACGAUUUCCUCAUUGAGUCCAUCGACGAUCCCGAAAUCCCCGCGGACAACCUGCUCCAGAUUAUCCACUGGAGCGACAAGUACUACAAGAAGAUGAAGAAGCUGGGCUGGAACCCCGCCGAACUCCAACCCAAUAUCCUGGACGAUCGUGAACCAGAGCUGGUGCGGCAGUGGCAGAGUGUGAUUAUCAAUGCUGUCGAGGAAUGGAUGGAUCGCAUCUUCGACACGGACAAGAAGGCUCUCGUGGAGCGACAAGCGGAUGCCCUGGACACGAAUGCCGAUGGUUACUUCCGGACCAAGAUGCAGGCAGACAUGUGGCGUAUGCUUCAUGAACAAAUCAUGGCAGCUGGACAAUCUGAAAGAGCUGACGUCGUUGAGGGUGUCAUCGAUGCUAUGUUCCGGGCUCUGAAGAGCCGACAGAGUGCCUGGCAGGCACUCCUCGAUGACGAGUGCAACAAGGCCAAGGCACCCAACGGCGAUAACGAGGGAGUGCAGUUGCUGCAAGACUGGUUGGUCGGUGUGGCCAAUGACCAGAUUGCUUGCAUCGACGACAACGAGGAGACCGGUCAGAUGGGCUACUUGACCCGAUUCAAGGCCGACAUCGAGCCCGUCGUGACGGCGAAAUACAUGGCGACCCGGGCCGCAUCCGAGCUGGACGCUCUAAGAGACGGAUAUGUCGAUCUGAGCACGCACUGUCUGGCACUAUUUGUGGACCUUAUUUUCACGGUCGACCUCAGCUCAGUCCUCACAGAUCUCUUCACGCCUCGCUGGUACGGCGAGUUUGCCAUCAAGCGCAUUACCACCACAUUCGAGGAUUACAUGGCCGACUACAGCCCAGUUCUACAUCCCUCUCUCGUCGAUAUUCUAGUCGAAGAACUCUCAGACGAACUGUUGGUACGAUAUCUCUCAUCAGUCCGCAACAAGGGCGUCAAGUUCCGCCGUCAAGUGGAUCCCUUUACGGACAAAUUCAAAGACGACGUCCUCACCGUCUUUGAUUUCUUCCAAAAAUACCCGGACUCCUUCCAGUCUACUAUCAAGCAGAAGUGGCGCUUGGUUGACUGGCUUGUCCGCUUGCUUGAAGCCGAGAAGGGUCAGGCUCUUGUGAACGUCUUUGAAUCGUUCAAGAACGAAUACUGGGAUCUACAGCUGUCUUGGGUCGAAGCUGUCCUUCGAACUCGAGAUGACUUUGAGCGCAGUAUGAUUAGCUCUAUUAAAGCUAAGGCGGCUGAGUUAUCCGUUGAGCGAGGCACGGAAACUAUUAUGAGCCGUGUGAGGUGAUCGACUUGGGCUUGAUUAUCUGGUAUAGCUUGGCUACUAUAAGGUUUGCCCACCUUGUAUAACCAAUGAUCUCCAUCGCGAGAUUUUACAUCGCCAGUGACACGCCACCAGCAUAAGAGGGCUGCUCACAAUAAGACCUUUCGCACGAUUGCUCUUUGGAAAUUUAGAGUCCAAGCUGGCUUGGAAUAGAUUACCCCUUUGUUGCCCCCUCUUAUGACCGACCUAGCAAGCAAUUACUGUCAUGAUCUUGAAAUGAAAUUAACAUCUCUUUCAAGACAAGCGUGUUAUGUAGACUUUCUGAACCUGAACCAUCCGUAAGACAUUCAGAUAAGAUAUCCACCUCCAUCUAAACUCUCAUCGCCAUAUCUCCCUGAAGAAGGCGAACGCGAUCGCGGGCGGGAAUCAAAACUCCGCUCAGCGAUCACAGUGUAUUCCUCGCCCAGACGUGCAUUCAACCCCUGGUCCCCAGGACCACCGGCCUCGAGCUUUUUAGCGCCCAUUUCGCAAAUGCUGACCGAGUUGAUGGGGAUAUCCUUCGCCCAGACAAAAGGAUACCUGCAAUGAGAAGACGCAGAGCUCUCAGGAUCGGACUGGACCUCAUCACCCUUCGAACCUCCAGAGUCGGGAAGUGAGGAGCUCUCCGUUGAAGACCUGGGUGGACAACCAGUGUCAACGCGUGCUACCCUUUGCGUCUCAUCAACAUAGUAAUUCCGGUAUCUAGCCAGAAGCCCACGUGCAUCAAUCUCAAACCUCUUCGGGCCAUUCCUCCCAUUCUUGCCAUUAUUCCCAGGCCCGAAGUUCCGUCGACCGCGGACGUAGAUAGUAUUCACGAGCGUGGCAUGUAAAAGAAGAGGCCGUGGCUUCGGCUUGCGAGCAAGAGCAGCAGCAUAAGGGUCUAGUAUCUCCGGAGCACUGACGCUCUCAACUUGAGGGGGAAGUGGUGUUAGCUCUUCAAGAAGAGGGUUAUCAUCGCAGUUUAGGUCCUUGCAUUGAGAAGCUUGCACUUCCUCCACGGCCUUCGGGUCCUUUUUCUCUGCAGGUAGUCCGUUUUUGGACUCGCUGAGAGUGAAUCCUGCUUCUAGGAACUUAUCUCGUAGCAUCACACAGAAUGGGUAUAACCGGCCCGUUGGGUCACUUGGAGAAGCAUGCAAAACCGUUGCAGCUUUGGCCCGUGGUAAAGCAUGCAAAGACUCCAAGGAAACGGACAGUGGCGGAGGGGUCUUUUCCAAUUCUAAUGGCAAGUUAGAUGAUAAAGAAGUUGUUUCUGCAUUAUUUGGCGCUGUAUUUGAUGAGGUCCGCCUCGAGACGCGCUUUUGACGUAAUUCAAAGGCUACUCGCUCCGCUUCCCUCAGCAAGCUCGCCAGGUCGAGGGUUUGAAAGAAAGCCAGUGCCUCUGCAAGGCGCUCCUUUGUUGGGAGGCUCAUGACCCCGAGGGUCAGAUGGAUUGUUCCAACGGGUCGCACUGCACCUUGCGGGAUAACUGCGUGUGAGGCAUCUCCCUCCGAUGUCUGGGGCUGGCGUUUUGAUAAGUCUGCAACUGGAACUGGCGGAUAGGCUGCUGCAAAGGCGGCAAUUGACGCCUCCAGCUGUGGAAGUGAUACAGAGUUGACCAAAGGUAGACAGAGAAAAUGUGUGAGUGCUGGUUGUCUUUCCCGUCGUUGGCCUCGAGGCCUUUGCGACUGAUUGGGUGUGUUCUGUUUGCUACUGGACAUGGUAGAUUUUGGGCCAGUAGAAUAGCGUUUCUCUUUUCCAAGAACGAAAGAUGUUCUGAAAGACCUCCAGAUAAACUGGAAACGCAUGCGGAAGGAUCUAAUUAGGUGUUCG